AUCAUUUCUCAACUAUUGGUCCGCUCCGACUAUAAAACCACCCACCUCCCCCCACCCCAACCCACCAAAAUUCGAACGUUAGAGAGGAACAAGAUUUCCUCUCCAAACUCAAAUCAAACCAACAAACAAACGUUAGAAGAGAUGUCGUCUUGCACAGUUGCAAUAUCGAGCUCACCGGUCUUUUCCCCAUCUUCCUCCUCAUCUUCACUAUGCUCCCCCAACUCCUCUUCUUCUCCCCGCCUUAUUCGCCUCCACAAGCCAAGUGGCCUCAUCAAGGCUCUAGCUGGCGGCGGAGACUCCUCCUCGGCGGUCUUGAAGAGGAAGAGGCCGCUGAGACUGGAUAUUCCGGUUGUUUUCUUGGAGGAGAAGGAGGCGAAGGAUGUGGCGGAGGAGGUGCUGGAGGUGGAGGGAGAUGGGUAUUCUGUGUGUUGCAAAAAGGGAAGGAGGGAUGUGAUGGAGGAUAGGUACUCUGCUCUUGUUGGGCUUCAUGGUGAUCCCAACCAGGCAUGCUUUGGUGUUUUCGAUGGGCAUGGAGGUUCAAAAGCUGCUGAGUUUGCAGCAGACAACUUAAACAAGAACAUCAUAGAUGAAAUCAAAAGAAGGGAAAACGAUGCUGCUGCUGAUGACGAAAUACAGCAGGCUGUAAGGAGUGGUUACUUGACCACAGACUCCGAGUUUCUCAAGAGAGAUCAACGAGGCGGGGCGUGCUGCGUGACAGCACUCAUUAUAAGAGGCAACCUAGUGGUAUCCAAUGCUGGCGACUGCCGGGCUGUCUCUAGCCGAGGAGGGGUGGCCGAGGCGCUCACUUCCGAUCACCGCCCAUCUCGGGAGGAUGAGAGGGACAGGAUCGAGACAUUGGCAGGUUUUGUGGAAUGCCGGAAUGGUGUUUGGAGAGUACUGGGAUCUUUGGCUGUGUCUAGAGGCAUUGGAGAUCAGUACCUUAAACAAUGGGUUACCGCUGAACCAGAGACUAAAGUCCUCAGACUUGAACAAGAACAUGAGUUUCUUCUGCUUGCUUCUGAUGGAUUAUGGGAUAAGGUAAGUAAUCAGGAAGCAGUAGACAUAGCCCGGCAGUUGUGCAUAAACAUUGAUAAGCCUCAGCCGCUGUCCGCCUGUAGAAAGCUCGUUGAUCUCUCAGUUUCCAGGGGCUCCAAAGAUGAUAUCAGUGUGAUGCUCAUCCAACUGGGACGCUUCUGUUAACAGUUAGCUCUCAUGGAGCACUAAUCUAAAGCUGCAGCUGGAAGCUGGUGAUAUAGUCCAAUUCUAAUCUAAUACUUCUCAUCGAACAGUUGGUGACCCGAUUUCAAGAUUAGCUGAUUCUUUUAUUCUUCUGAUCGAACAGUUUGGUGACCCCAUUUCUAGACUAGAUGAUUCUUUUAUUAACCGUUCUUUAAAUAGUGCAAAAUCGAACACUUUGACAAUGUAGAUUGUAGGCUUGUAGCUGAUUCUUUCAUUAAGACUUCAAGAAGCAAUAAUGAAGAGUCGCAAUUUUACCUCAGCUGCUCAGCACCUGGGAGAAAGUAAAAGACCCCGUGAUAGCGGAAUCUGUUUGAUUGUACAUCUAUGAACAGUGAGUCAG